AUGCUCGUGUCGAGCAUGUUUGACGGCCCGGUAGACAUCAUCGGGGACGUGCAUGGAGAGAUAGGCGCACUGCUGUCUGUGCUUGACGUGCUUGGCUACAACGGGCAUGGCGAACAUGCUGAGGGGAGGCGUCUCGUGUUCGUGGGAGACGUGGUGGAUCGAGGACCGGACUCGGUCCGCUGCCUGCAGGUGGUGAGGGGGAUGGUAGAGAGCGGGAGAGCGCAGAUGGUUCUGGGCAAUCACGAGCUGAACCUGCUCCGAGGGUCGAGGAAGCAUGGAAACCUGUGGUUUUGGGGGGAGGAGGAGGUGAUAAGGAAGGACAAGGCCAAGAUCAGCUUCCAGACCCUUGCAGACGAGGCCUUCAGGGAGGAAGCGCUCUCGUUCCUACGGAAGUUGCCGUUGGUGCUGGAGCGAGAGGACUGUCGAGUCGUGCAUGCUUGUUGGGACGAUGAGUCCAUCAGCAAGUUGCGCAGCUCCCCCGGAGACGUCAUGGACGCGUACAGGAAGUUCCAAGAGGAGGUGAAGCACCGGGAUAGUGAGCUUGCGGCGAGGAGGAGCGAGCAGGAGGGGAUGGCGCGGGACAUUGAGAUCGAGCGGGAGCUCAACAGGCAGAACGGAAACCCGGUCCUUGUGACUUGCAGCGGCAAGGAGGAACGAGCGGCCGAGAGGUUCUUUGCCGGAGGGAAGUGGAGGGACGUCGACCGUAAUCGAUGGUGGAACAAGUACGAGGAGGAGAAGCUGGUGGUGUUCGGACACUACUGGCGCUCCUUCCCUCGCUCUCUUUCCCUCCCCCUGGAGAUCCAAAACUUCAAGCCAUCUGGUCCUGACAUGUUUCCUGACGUCCCUGCCAACAAACUCCUGGGCCCGAGGCAGUCUGCGUGCUGCAUCGACUACUCCGUCGGGAUUCGAUAUGAGGAGAGAGGUAUGAGGCUUCAUCCGGGAGCCCUCGGCACCAAGUUGUGCGCUCUUCGCCUCCCGGAGAGACAGCUUGUCUUCGAGGACUCCAGCACCCUUCCGUUGGAAGCGACUUGA